AUGCGGAGAGGCGUCUCCACAGCCUUGAACUUCAUACAACAAUCGAAGAAGAGAUUGGCAGCGCAUCGUCUUGGAAACCUCUUAAAACGAAACCCACCGGGCGCCCUUGGAUGGGCGGGUAAACGGCGGGUUCAACAUUCAAGAAUCUUCGAUCUGCAACAGGCUUGGUGUGCUAGAUUUGGAAAGCUUACCGAUAAUCUGAGGGAGAAUCCACUUAGACAACAUGCCUCAGUGCUCCCAGGGAUGACUCCUAUCACCCCUCAGACUUCAUCAAACCCAGAAGGAUGGGUGCUCAAGUAG